AUGUGCAAGAGAUCCAGCGGGCAGGUGCUCCGGUCACUGUCUCCCCGCGGCCGAUUCCCGUCGUACAACUCCGCCGCUCAUCUCUCAUCUUCCUCGUCCUCAUCGGCGUUCGCUUCUUCCACGAGCUCGAGCUUUUACUCUCCGUCGUCGGCCUUCUUCCGCACCACAGCUCCACCACACAGAUCCGCCUCUCCGACGCGCGUCAAUGUAUAUCCCCAGAGUCCUUCGUCGCCGACGUUCCGAUUCUCGAUCGACAGAUCCACAUCUCCCAAUCGCAGCAUAUCCGUCACGACGAAGCACACCAAUCACAUCUCCAGCCUCCCGCGAGGAAGACGUGUAUGUGCUCUCCGACCUCGCAUCCCAGAUCGUUUUGUUGCAGUCUCCACAAGAACAGCCCCCAGAACGGCCACGCCGGAGGGAGCUCGUUCAUUGGCGAGGCAGUAA